GACAUAGAUGUACAAUACUUACACCCACUGCCAUAACCACGUUUUCUAUCCUCCCUUCCAUUCUAAACCCUCGAUUUCCUUCCAUUAAUUUCGCCUCUCAAAGAAUGAGCUGGCUGUACAAGUUCAGAUUUAUGUGCGCAAUUCCACUGACUUUUCUAUGGAUUUCUCUUUAGAUUCUUCCAGAGGGCAGGGACUUGAUGAUUACGUAGUUCACGUAAUUCGGGAUGGGUUAUUUUUGGGGAGUUGAAUUGGACUUCCAGAGAGUGUAGUUAUGAGGCUCUGCCUGAUGUUUUCUGGGCGAGACAUGAUCCUACAACUCUUAAUCGCCAAGUGAGUGUUGAUUAUUAUGAGUUAAUUGAGUUGGGUUCUUUAUCAGAUGAUUAAUGCUUUGAAUUUUCAGCUUGGAUUUCCAUAAUGUAGUGGACAAACAAAUAUGAAUAGAUUCAAAAAAUUUCUCUUCCUUUCUUUUUCCUUCACUAAAUUUUGAAGUACUAUGGUUGUAUACAUGCAUAUUAAACAAUCUGCACUUUUAGCGUUACAAUGCAUUUUUCUUUUCAAAUUGGUACAGGAUGAUUUGUAUACUUCAGAAUAAAUGCUCAGUAAGAAAAUUGAUAAUGUGCGUUUUGAGUCAAUUUUAUUGCUAAACUGUUUCUGUUACAAAUAUUAUGUUGUUAGACUGUCUUUUUUGGCUGAAGAUUUUCGACAUUAGAUUAAGUAGUGUUUCUUUACAAUGAAUCCCUGAUACAUUUUUGUCCAUUUCAACUAUCAAACAUUUUUUCUUCAUAUACAUACUAUUUAAAUUUGGUCGGUAUGUGGAAAAUUGGUAUGGUUUCUUUGUCAUUUGACGAGUAACUUCUUUAUUUUAAAUUGAUGGGCUUUGAUCCAUUUUAUGUGCAUAUCCUAAUUCUUAUCUUUUUCUCACAUUAAUUGACAGCUCCUUUUAAAAUAUUCUUCAUAUUUGUAUAUGUGAUCUGCUUGAAUCUGGAAAGACUAACCACCUGAAUGAAACGUCCCCACAAUCAUUCGACAAAGCUACAGCUCCAGCUGUCAUAAAAUCACAACAGGAUAGCACUGUCGAGAAUCAAUAAUCCUCUUGGGAUUUCUUUCUCCUCUUUUUGGCCUAUGUGAUAUCCUAUAAUUGAAAAAUAGCUUUUGUAUAAUGGCAGAUUUACAAGUUUAAGCAAAUGGUAGCCUGGUGAUAAAAUGUUGCAUGUCUGAUGGCUGAUUGGGGUUUGAUUUUGCUGCUGAAUUUCUGUUGGCCAUUUUCACCGUUUCAUUUUUUAAAGCUCAAUGAUAUUGUUAGUGGCCAAAUUUUAUUUUUUAUUGUAUCACAAGCUGACUCCUUGCAAUUUCAUACCUUGGGCAUGUAUUUUCCUCUAGGAUUAGUUGGAUAGUAGCUUAUGAAUCCUACUAACCAAGCUUCAAGUCCAGUGAAGGGUUCUGCUUCUAAGGGGCUACAUUUUCCAUGGAAGACAUAUAAGGCAAAUAAAUAUGUUACCUUCAUGGUUCUGCAACCAAUUUUGAGCCACCUUGGUUGAUGCGAACAAGACUAGAUAAGAGUUGCAGCAACAAAAAGUCCAGUGAUAUUUAUCUAAAAAGUGAACACAUGAAUGAAUUUGAAGUUUUUGAUGCCAAACCAUUUGUGAGCCGACUUUUAGGCAUGUGCGACUUGUCCGGAUUCAUGGACAAAGUCCAUGAAGUAAUUCCAAAAGAUCAACAGACCAAGUUUCUGGAAAAGCUUGAAGAAGGAAAGUUUACGUUGAGGAUCAUGUUCGAGUAUGUUCAGCAUAUACUUCAAAUGGGUCCAAUUGGCCAGAAGAGAACCCGAAAAGGAAGAAGUAGAAGGAACAGCCCAAAGAAUGGAGGUGCAUGGAUUCAUGCUGUUAGAUGAUUGGGUACAUGUGCACCAACUGGUCGUUGCUCUUGUUUCUAUUUCAUUGUUUGCCUUGUAAUUUGCCUGGACUUAAGGUGCCUGAGCCUCCCGGAGUGAGGCUGAAGCGUGAAGGCCUCAACGCGCUCCAUCCCAUUGUUUUGGUGCUCGGCAUUGUCACCGGAAGACUGGAGCUCUAGGAGGUGAAGCUUGUUAUGAUGGCCUUUUUUACAGGUGGCUUUGGGGCAGUAGCUUUGCAGAGACCUUCAAGAUAUUUGAAUUACAUAAUUGGAUUUUGUUUUAUGUUCCAGUUUUACAUACUAUUUUGCUCAUGGAUAUUUUGUAUGGGCUAUUUUUAUAGAGAAUUUGGUACACAUUGGCUAUGAGGGGAAGAAUAUGCAUAUGGUUGCUUAUAUAUGUCCACAAAGAUUUUUCCACUUAGAGUCUGAUGUUCAUGUUGUACAGAGUAUGUCAGAUGGAAUUUUCAUCCCUACAUGAAGGAUAUCGUUGUAGUUGUACCUUUCAUGUGUAAAAAUCUGGUUUUUCUUUUUAACAUAUGUGUUGACCUCCAAAAAUGGCUCCUCCACGUGGCCAACUUAUAGCUACUCCACGUAUUCCUCCCUGCGAAAUGAACAAAUGGUCAGGCACACACGGUCGGAACCAACGGGGGUGGUGGCGGUCGUAUACACUCCGAUGGUCAAGUCAGGUUUAGGUGGUCGGAACAGUGCCCAGGGGCUACACAAAUCAAUCA